GAAAAAAUGGCACCUCCUCCCGAAGACCGCGAGGAAACAGCUGGGGAAGUGCAAGCUCGCUUCCAGGAAGCACUUCAGACUUGGACCUUCCGCAACGAAGAUUUCCCUUGUUUAAGGGUAGUUUAUCACUAUCGUCCCAUGUUGUGGACUAUACUGGUGAGUCAAUUCCCCCUAGGUUCAGAGGGGAAAAAGAGGGAGGAAACGGGCAUCCCAAUCCACCAGGGUGGAGAGUGAAAAACUACCUUUAACAACUUGUCCCAGCGGCCGCUCCUGCGAUCGGGAUGUCAUGCUACAAGAGAACCGACGUGCGGAACACAUAGUCAAGAGUGCUGUCUACAGUCAUUUGACGCGGGUGAAAACGACAAGAGAAACUACUGGCGAGGACGAUGCAGUAGUACUCGAUAUACAACAGUUGGGUCUCAAUCUGGUUUACACGUUACAAUAUGAAGAAGAUCUUGAAGAUUCUGACAUCAAUGGAGCGGUCAGAGGAGAAGGAGCUCCAAGAAGACCUAUUGGUGUGACAGGCCACUUCGAAAAAGUCUUUGCACAGCAUGUUCCCACACGACUCCAGGCAGGAGCAAGUCGUGACGAGUCUUCAGUACAUUUACGCAAGGAAUUUCUGCUAGAGGAAGUGGCGCCCCUUUGCACUCGCUCACCUUUGUUGAUUAUGACGCCGGAUGGAAGUCAGAGCUUGUAUAUCGAUCUCAAAACUACUGGAAGCGCAGGAACGGAAAGCGCGGAUCUUAAUUAAGGCUUCACUUGGUCCAUCUUUGGCUUCAUCUGUGGGCAGUUUUCAUGAAGAAGAACGCGCACAGAUGAGGCAAAAGAUGGAUUGUAGUGAGUUCUAACUUAAGCAGCAGACGAGCAAGUGUGUGAGCUUCGUGAGCCUGCGGAAAGAGGAGUGGCAGUCUACGAGAGCAUGGAUGGAAGGAAGGCUGAGUCCUAUUGCAGCACCUGAGUUGUGGGACCCUGAAUGGGACAAGAAAACUUUCAACAAAAAACCUGUACCUGAA